AUGGUCGAGACCAAGAAGGAAUUCGCUGAACGCGAAGAGCGCCGUCGCGAGAACGCGGCCCUGAAGCGGGAGUCCGCGAUUGAGGAUAUAAAAUCGGUACAUGCCAUGAUACAACGCGCGAAUUCCGAUCCGGACUUCGUUUUAAAUGUCGAUGGGUUAGAUUCCGUGUGGUCUCAGUUUAAAGCGGAAGUUUAUCCUGCCGCACAAUCGGGUGAAUUACGUAUUAUGAUUAAUUCCGCGGAGGCUGCCGCGAACGUACUUCGUCCAGCUCGCACAGCGUCCACCGUGAGCCAAAACGUCGGUCACUCAUCGUCCGUGUCCGAUAAGUCGUCCGGUCAACCGUUAUCGCGACUUCCGGAAAUCCCUCUACCAAGAUUUGGAAUUGAUUUUCAUUUAUGGCCGACCUUUCAUGACACAUUCGCCAAGUAG